AUGCUACGGCGGUUGUCGAAUUUCGCCACGUCGAGGCGCCGUCGUGGCGCCGACAGUUAUGGCGGCAGUCCUGCGCUCCCUUCCAGUCGAGACAAUUCCCCUCAAGCCUUCCGCAACGAGUUCGAACCUUACGUCUACAACAACAGCUCGGCCAAGAAUAAGAAAAAACGUCCUCCGCUCGUUCGGAUCGUCGCGGCAGUGGCGGUCGUCGUGUUGGUGAUCUUGGUUUGGUGGAUGAGGAAGGAUGGGCCGGAUCGACAGAGGGAGCUCGGCGGAAGGAAGGUCAUGUCGAGGGAUUGGAGGGGGGAUAAGAUCAAAGUCAACUUUGCCAACGUCAAGGCGAGCUCGACCGAGAGGGUGCCGACGGUCAUGGUCAGUCGGUUCGGAUUCCUUCAACAUUUCGCCUUCUUCGCCGCGGAGUCCGCGCGCAGGAGAAACAAAUCAUCGUGUGCUAAUCGAACCGUUCUUAAGCGUCAUCAGAUCAUGUGCACGAUGAAGGACUCGCUCGAACACAUAUGGCACUUUUUCCAACUCGUCGACACGCUCGACUACCCUCGCUCAAAGUUGCAAAUCGCGAUCCUCGUUUCAGACACCCAAGACCGCACCUACGAACGAGCGCUCGAGCUCGCCGACGAGAGGCAGUACAAACGACCCAAGAAGCAACAGUACGGUCGUAUUGUCGUGUUGAGGAAGGACUUUGCGAUGGAGGACCCUUCGGCCUUUGCGGCGAUGGGGGGCAUCAUCCCUGCUCCCGCGAGGAUGCCUUCUUCAUCCGAGAAACUCGAGGCCGUGUCGGCGGAUACAAUCGUCGGUGCGGGGAAAGCGAGACAUGCAUUCGGGGGUCAGAUCCACAGAAGGAAGAUGCUGGGUGUGUCGAGGACGUGGUUGUUGACGUCGGCGAUGACGCCUGAUAUCGACUACGCGCUCUGGAUCGACGUCGACGUCGUCGAUUAUGACAAGCGGCUCGUGCAAACGUUGUUGGAGCAUAGUGUCAACGAGAAGGCCGAUGUUGUUGUGCCGAACUGCGUGUGGAAGACGUAUAAUGAACUCGGGUGAGUUUGAAACCCGGUGUCUCUCGGCGAUUUGCGAUCGUCGGAGCUGAGGCUGUUCGCUUCUGCUCACAGCUCUUACGAUCGAAACAACUGGCAAGAGACGCGCGAGUCUACCGCUCUCAAGCAGACGCUGCAGGAGGAGGAAGUAUUGAUCGAAGGUGAGCACAAACUCCGUGAAUUCGAGAAAUUUUCAGCUCCCUCAUUCGCUUCGACCUCGCUCCACUUCGCAGGCUACGAAGACUACAUCAAGACCAAGCGUCUCAACAUGGCCGACAUGGUACCCUUCACACCCCAAACGCCGAGCGUUCUCCCCCUCGACGGCGUAGGAGGCUGCACGGCGCUCAUUGUUGCCGGUCUGCAUCGCAAGGGCGCUAUCUUCCCCGCUUGGCCGGUGGAUCAUCAGCUGGAGACGGAGGGGUUCGCGCAGUUGGCGAAAAAGUUUGGGGGGAGGAUGGUGGGGUUGCCAAAGUACUACGUGUUCCAUGGUGAGUGA